UCCUCUCCACUGUUUCCUCAAGAUCUUACAUGGGACAAUAUGUCACAAAUUGGAGUGUGACCCUUAUGAGUGUUUUCCUAGAAAGGAGGGGAGAUUUGGUGAUCAGAUAAUUUUCCAUAAGCAAUAUGAUGUGUGCUAAGAACUGCUUUCUGUGAUAAGAAAGAAGUCUCCAUGACUCAGGAGUAUCUACUUGAGCUUGGUACUGUAGGCAUUCUGACAUCUAGCAUUUACUAGAAGACAGUUCAGUUGAUUACGGCCAGUGUUAAUAAGCACUGGAGUUUGAGUUUUUCAAGGGGCCGAGUUUUUUCAUAUAAAGAAAUAUCCUUGUUCCAGCUCUUUCAGGCGCCUUGGAUCUGUUUCUAUCUACUCCAGCAGCUGCUUGUCGGACCCCCAACAGGCAAAAUGGUGAAACAGAUCGACAGCAAGGAAGUGUUUCAGGAAGCCUUGGAGGCUGCAGGAGAUAAACUUGUGGUAGUUGACUUCUCGGCCAACUGGUGCGGCCCUUGCAAAAUGAUCAAGCCUUUCCUUCAUUCUCUCUCUGAAAAAUAUUCCAAUGCAUUGUUCCUGGAAGUAGAUGUGGAUGCCUGUCAGGAUGUUGCUGUGGAGUGUGAAGUCAGAUGCAUGCCCACCUUCCAGUUUUUUAAAAAAGGCCAAAAGGUGGGUGAAUUUUCUGGAACUAACAAAGAAAAGCUUAAAGCCACCAUUAAUGAAUUUCUCUAAUCGUGUUUUCUGAAAAACAUAACCACCCAUCGGCUGUUUAAAGCUUGCAAUUUCGGAAAAUUUAAGGAAAAUACGAAGUAUGGAAACUAUGUACCCAGCUGCAAUCUGAGUAUAAAUGACAAUAAAAUAUUAAUUCUACCCUUUUAAAAACUGUUCUUCAGCAACCACACUGUAUCACUAAUGCCAGCCAGCCAAUUGCUUUUUGAAAUUGUUCUACUAGUUGUAAAGAUUAGUGGAAUAAAGGAUGUACAUGGUUAAAUUCA